AUGCUAAAUAUUUACAACAAACAGAGAAGAGGAUUCAUAUCGGUUGCAUUCAGACAAAACAGUACCAGAAAGCAUGAAAAUAAUAUUCUGAAGUCUGUGUACAAGGACCUUCCUGUGACCAAUUAUACAGUCAAUGAUUUUGUAUGGGAGAAUUUAGAUAGAUGGCCUGAUAAAACUGCAACGGUGUGCGCAGUUACGGGCCAUGGAUACACUUACGCACAAACACACAGAAUGUCUGUAACAUUCGCGGCAGCUUUAAGAAAUAAAAUAAAGUUGCAAACUAAUGACAAAGUGGCGGUGAUCCUACCGAAUGUUCCAGAAUAUCCUUGUACUAUACUGGGUAUUCUACAAGCUGGUUGUAUAGCGAGUAUGAUGAAUCCUAUUUAUUCAUCAGAGGAGCUCAAACACCAGAUACAACUAAUAAAUUGCAAAGCCUUAGUCACUUCAAAAAUAUCAUAUCAGAAUGUAAGAAAAGCCUUAAGUGAACUGAAAUUAGACAUUCCAGUUAUAACGACUGACAAUGAGAUUUUACCAGGUGCUGUAAAAUUCGCCGAACUCGCUGAAGAUUUUAAUAUAGAUACGAGUUGUUUAAAAUCUGUUCAUAGAAGUCCAAAAGAUCUAGCGAUUUUACCAUUCUCUAGUGGGACUACAGGGCUACCCAAAGCUGUGGUACUGACACACCAAGGUGUUGUAGCACUGAAUCAGCAAAUUGCCUAUCCAGAAAUUGUCGCUAUCAAAGAAACUACUGCUACCUACCAGCCAGUGUUGCCAGCUAUUUUACCAUUCUUCCACAUUUUUGGAUUUAACGCCGUGAUGAUUAACCAGAUGUCAAUGGGUGCUAAGUUAGUCACCUUACCGUAUUUCAAACCAGAGUUAUUCCUGAAGACGCUAGUGCAGUACAAAGCUGAUUGUUUGUUUUUGGUUCCACCGAUGGCGAUAUUCCUCGGGAAGCAUCCAGCAGUGACUCCUAAACACCUUGAAACAUUGUACAGCAUCAUCUGUGGUGCUGCUCCACUGUCCGCCUCCGACAUAGAAGCCGUCAUAGCUAAAAAUAAAAACAUAAACUUCCGUCAAGGGUAUGGAUUAACUGAGACCAACGGCGCUGUCUCGAUAGCGAAGAAUUUAGACGUGACUCACGACUCUGUAGGCUACGUGUUGGCGAGUAGUGAAGUUAAGAUUGUAGACUUACAGACGCAGGAAGCUUUAGGACCAGGACAGGAGGGUGAACUCUGGUACCGUGGUCCGAAUCUGAUGUCCGGCUACUACGGAGAUGAGGAGGCGACUAAAGAAGUCCUAACGGAGGACGGUUGGCUCAAGACCGGUGACAUUGGCCGGUACGAUGACAAUAAAUACUUGUACAUCACGGAUCGGUUGAAGGAACUUAUAAAGGUUAAAGGAUUCCAAGUACCACCGGCGGAAUUGGAAACAGUCCUACGAACACAUCCGAAGGUCCUUGACUGUGCGGUCUUAGGUAUUCCUGACCCCAGCUCUGGCGAAUAUCCCAAAGCUUUCAUAGUCACUCAACAAGGUGUUAACUUGCCAGAGGAAGAAAUAUUAGAUUAUGUUAACAGUAAAGUAGCUGUGUUCAAGAAAGUCAGAGAAGUACAAUUUGUUAAAGAAAUACCAAAAAAUGCUGCUGGGAAGAUUUUAAAAAAAGAAUUGAAGAAACUUUAUUGUUAG